CGGACUAUUAAUUCUCAUUACGACUUAGAUCUUUAUUGAAACAGGCCUGAGAACGAAGGAUUGGGUGUUUAAAAUCAAUAUCCGUACUUGUUCUAUUCAGGUCGUGCUUAUUGAUAUCUGCAGGCGAAUAUUUUAAGACAUGGAGUUUCCUUCAAAAAGGCAAGUGCACGAUCGGAUAGAGAGCAAACUUGCGAAUUGGAAGCGCAAACGUCAAAACACCAUCGACAUUUUGCAAGGAUGUGCCCAAAAAAUUGGUAAAUGUGACGUGGAAAAAGCUGAUAAGGAUGGAUUAUCAUCUGCAAUGUCACUUACAAGCAGUAUCUUUGGUCUUGCUGGAGUUUUGCUGGCACCAGUUACUGGGGGUGGAUCUUUUUUAUUAUCGCUUGCAGCUUCCGGAUAUGGGGUCGCAUCUAUUGCGCAAAGCUAUGUUUCAGAAAAGGAUUUCAAGGUGUUAGUCGAAAAAGAGCUUGAAAUUGCCAACAAAGCCAUUGAGGAAGACUGUAGAGAAACUGGACAUUUGCUAGACAUUGUUCAACCCCUGCUCAAUAUCAUUGAUGUCCUCCCAAUACAAAGAAUGGAACAAAUUCUACAAACCGUUUUCAAAGUUUCAAUUUCGGAAUUCGUGUCGCGCAUAGACAUUUUGCAAUCUCCGUAUAUUGCCGUACCUAAGACUGUUUUAACUCUAGUCGGUACAUGGCAUGCUUGCGCAACUUCAUCAAAUGUCGUUCGUAAGAUAUCGACACAGACAUUGGUAACAAAAUCAAGCACCGCUGUCAUAAGCAAAAGUGGAACGGCUAUAGUAUCAAAGAAAUCGUUCAAAUUCGCUCAGAAGCAAACGGUUGUUGUAAGUAAAGGGAUAAGCAAAUUCGGAGUAGCUUGUAAUCUGAUUACAGUUCCUCUAGAUGUUUAUGGCAUUGUCGAGGCGUCUAACCGUGGUAAGUCAGAACUAGAAUAUGAGCUUAGGAAAACAGCUAAACAUCUCCAAAACGAGGUCACGUCAAUUGAGGAUAUUAUUUCACGUACUCCCGAUAUUUACGAGAAAUUAGAGGAAUUAAAAACAGCAUAUUUCAAGUCUCUUCAAUCUGAUGAGCGAUUCUUUGCGCGCAAACAUGACUUUGAAGAGCACCUAAAUGAUUUUGCGAGAAACACCCAAUAUGUCUACAAAUAACGUAGAACACAUACAAAACGGAAAACAUGCAAAUACAUCGAUGUACCCGAUUCAAAAUAUAUUUAAAAGUAUGCUGUUGUCUCCCGUUUGAAAACAAAACUCUAUCAGAAACAUGUACAAAAGUGUUCCUAAAAGGACAAUUUAAAUGUCGUGUAUAACAUCUAAAUUCGACGGAACCAUACUUCUUUUAAGAAACGUCUGAUGCACCCUCAAGUGUAAUUUAAAAUUGUGAAAAAGCCUCCCAUUUUCAUUUAUUCGAAGCUUACUUGAUCAUUCAUUUGCAUAAUAAAUGUUCAUUAUAAACAUUUGAAUUGACCAGCAAUACAAAUUUACAGAAAAGUGCAGAGACGAAACCUCCUCUUUAUGGGCAAACAAUAUCAUUUCAGUUUUGUUUAAUCAUCAUGUGUGUUCGAAUGACAAAUAUCAUUUCCAACAACUAGUUAAGGAUAACAUUUUACGGGUGAUUAAGAAACGACAUAUAAGUAUGUCUAGCUGUUUGUCCCUAUUUUCCUGGUUGCCAUAACAGCAUUGUUCAUAAUUAAAAAAGACCAACCGUUGCACUAUACAUAAUUCAUUUGCGUGUAUCGUUUUCUUUCCAAUCAAUUUCCUAAAAAAUGUUAAAUCAUGCUGUUGCGUUAUUUCAGAUAAAAGUAUGUUUUAUCAUUAUAAAUGCGUAAUUAUUUAACAUGGGAGUACUACUGACACUAUAUCGCCAUAUGCAUAUCCAUCCAUUUGGUCAUGACAUUUGAGCAUGCACUCUUUAUGUCUUUACUAUUUUGAGAAUUGUAUUUUGAAGGAAUUACAAAUUAAAUAAAAAAUAACAAAUAGCAAGGUUCGUUGAUUACUGGAAAAUGUUGGCUCGUGAAAUGUUUGUUCAACGGUGUAAUUGAAUUUUGAAUUACUUAAGUAUAAUCUACCCUCGAGAUACUUUAUGCUGAUCAAUAUCGAUGUUUUUUUUUGAUUCAAUAGUUAUUUUUUAAUAUUAUAUUUAUUGUUUAAAGGUUUGCAAAUGCAAUGUCUUGUGUGUUAUUUUUAUUUUUAUUGUAGUGUAGUAAUGUUAACCUAUCUUUUUUGCUAUACUAAUAUUUGGUAUAAAUAUGUGUAUGUAUUGUGCACUGGAAUGACAAUUAUGAAUAUGUUUUUAUUCAAAAUUUGUGGAAAGGUAAUUCAACCAUCAUAAAUACAAAAAAUGCCCUCACGUAAAAUCUAAUUAUAACGUUACAAUAUGUUAAGCUGUAAAGAGCUUUUCAUAAAUGCAUCACGACAUCUAAACAUCUUAAGUAGACUAAUUCAUCUAAGUAUCCUGGCCCCAAUUUCUCGAAACUUUUUAAGCUUAUUUCAAUAAGCCAAAAUACAUACUGAAAAUGGAUUUUGUUAAAUGAAAAAUGGUUUAUUCUGAUAAACAGAUACAGAUUAUUCUUACAUAAUUUCUGAAAAUUCUUGAAGUAAAUAUAACACAUUUUAUAGAACAACAAUAAUAGUGAGAUUAGCUUAAUCCUAUUAUAAGGGACUUAAGACGUUUCGAGAAAUUGGGGCCUGGUGAUGGGUGGCUUACCUUAAGGUUAUAUAUUUAUGAGGUUUUUUUUAAUGCGUCGAUGCUAUAUGAACGCAAAAGGGCACGCGAGCGAUUUCCAUGAAGGCAUCCCUUCUUUGCUCACUUGACCUUCUACAUUCAUACAAUAUGAAGGUUAAGAUUUAUCUAUACAAAGAACUUGGAAAAUGUAAAUAUGGAGAUUUGUGUGUACCAAAAAGUGAUAUUUACUUGUUCAAACAAUGAAAUAAGUGAAUUAGUAAAUAUUUGAUAUUUUUUGAUGUUUUGAUAUUUGAAUGUUUGUAAUAAUUGAUUGUUUCAAUGUGAGAUUGCAAUAUAACAACAACCAAAUGUUAUACUUUUCACUAAAGCACUCCUGAAAAUACCGUAUGUUUCAUACUCGGUAAAAAAUGCGAUUUAACACUGUAACAAACAAUUAUCGUGUUUGUGUAUAGUUACACUGCAGUGGUAUCACUUUAUUAUUGUUUGUACAUAAGUUUUGGUCCACAUCAUAAAUAUUUUUCAAAUUAUCUAAUUUGUUAAUCGCGUUAUUACUUGUACAAUUUUAUUUUGAGAAAAAAAUAUGAACACCGGAUUCUUUUAACACAUCAAGUGCAGCCCACUAAACGCUUUUUACAUUUUACAAAUUAAAUGACGCAUAUGGUGAUAAUAUUGUUUAUGUAAUAUAGUGUUAAAAUUCGUGAUGCUAUUGUAAUUUAUAUAAUUAUAUAUUAUAUGCUCUGUCAAAAGAUGAUUUAUAGGGAUUAAUGUUUUACAUACGCGCUUAAAGGACCGCAUCGUAACAAUGCAUAAGUUUGUUAUUUUAAAUUCACCUCAACCCUACUGAUGUCAAUUCUGAAAUUAUCAACUAUGUGUACUGUAACACUGCAAUCGUUAAUUUGUAUUGUUUGUAUAUAAUUUUUUGAAAACACCAUGUAAGUUUUGCAUACAUUUUUAUAUAGUUAUUGAAGAGUGGGCAUAUAUUAUUUUUAUGGCUGUUGGUGUUUAAUAAACAUGUAUAUAGGAUUAUUUCAUGUACAUUUAACUUCCGUUAAAUCGAUUUUAACCUGACUAAUGAAACGAACGAAAAUAUAUAUAGCUUUUGACGCUUUGAUUUUAAGUGUUUGUAUAAAGUUAUUUGAAAACAGCAUGGAAGUUUGCACUGAAUCCUUCUUAUGAUUGUGGGUAUUAAUAUGUAGAUUGGGUUAUUUCAUUUGUGUUCGAGGAAAACUGAUAUUGAUAUAGCGUACCGUACGUACAUUAGAUGCAAAUUUAUACUUCCAACAUAGAUAUAUGAAGCUCAAAUCACAGUCAUGAUUAUUAUUAAAGAACAAAAUAUUAUUACGUCUGUCAAUGAUUAUUACUGACCUUUAAAGACAGAAAAUGUGUUUGUUUUUGGGAAAUAAAGCACCAUCCAAAUACCAAGAAACGUAACGUACGAUCGCUUUUUUAAAUAUAUAUAUAUUUUGGAAGCGUAACAGACUGUUGCUUUUACUGCUGUUUUUAUAUAUGGAUUAUUGCUUCAGCCAAUGCAAAUAAUACAAUUUUUUCAGUUGUGAUUUUAACAAAGUAAUAAAGGAAAACACAUGACCUUGACAUAUUUUCUCUUACACUGAUAUAUAAAAAUGUUUUUACAUUUUAAUUAAACAACACUUUUUGUUAAUUAAUAUCACAAUUGUAUGUAUCGUGCGUUUUAACAGUUGUAGUAAAGCCUAUUUAACCAAUA